CCCGGAUUCGCACGUUCCAAAAUUUGUAUUCAAAAAGUGCGGACUUCUUUUUUUUUUACAUAGUAUUAUGAAGUUACAAUGAAAAAAAAAGAUGUUACAUUUAACUUUUCAAUCGGGCAACAACAGAAAAACGUUCUAAAAAAAGACAAAGAAUCUCUACGUCACCUACUAAAUCCACAAGCCAUGGUUUCCAAGAAAUACAGCCUUUAGUCUUUCAAGCUCCAACACCACAUCGUGUGGCAAUCGUUCGUUGCCCGGUGUUUCUACGACGUUCGCUGGGUGAAAAACAGACGACUUUUGCUCACGGAUUAGCACGGAGGUCCGUUCCAGUUUUUUCAGGGGUCGGGGCAACACCCGAAUUCCUUUAAUUACCAUGUGUAUGAAUUAAUUGGCGCGCACAGACAAUGAUGGAAAGGAGGAAUGACUCAUUUCCUUUGAGGGUCGGGUGUCUUGGGACGAGUGGAGGGAGAGAGAGGGGACGGCAAACCAGAAAAACGGGGACCGGAAGAGCGACAGAAAAUAGGCGGUGCAUUCCAGACAAUUUGGGGAGUGGAAUCUGGCCGGCGGAGUGCUUGGUGUCCCCGCGUAAUUCCCGUUGUUUUCCUUUCCGCCUUGGCUCGGAGAAGCUCUGUGUGAUUCUUGUGUUCCUUUGAACUGCGACCCCAUGCAAGGAAUGCAAAGUCGCCGUACAUGACUUGGGUUUCAAAUUGGCACAUGCAAAUUCACGGGCGCGCUGGGAAAAAAAGAAAGGACGCCCUGCUUUUCACCACCCGACAACAGAUGUGAACCACCUCGCCGAACUUCAACGAAAAUUCCACCAAGAUCUCAAAAUCCAGCCGAACCUGAACGAAAAACCGUCGGACUGAUUUUGGAAACUUGUUUACGUGCGGAAAAAAUAGGCGAGGUCCGUUGUGUAAGCAAAUAAGAGGCGUUAUUUGCGUGCGGAAUUAUAAGGAAGGGGCAUUUUCCGUUGUUUGUUGGCUUGGAGUCCGCGACGGGGACAAGGGGCGGUUAUUCAAAUGCAAUGUCAUAGCGCAUUGUCUCGAUUCGCUGAGUUCUACCACCGGAAGAAUGACGCUAACAUCAUGACAGAGGAGGAGAGGAAAGGUUUGAAUCGCCAGGAGGACUUUGAGCCGACGGCGGAGAGAGAUUUCGAUGCGGUGAUCCGGAGAGGAUGGUCAGAAAGCCGGGACUCCGAUUCGCCGGCAUCCACGGCUCGAUGCUCAGGGAGGGUCGGGGGCUCAGACAAGGAGCUGGAGGCCGUCAGCAGCGCCAACACAGAAGCCAUCUGGAGCGGGUUUAUCGGCACGGGAAGCCCCGAGCUACCGCAGCAGCCGUGCAGCGAAGAAGGGCGAAGCUGGACCCCGAACGUGCAACUCCAUUCCCCAUGGUGGAAUCCGCAAGAGGCCGCGCUAACCUCAGCGUACAUGGCCAUGGCGUCCUUCUCCGACCAUCUCGGCGAGCAGCUGUGGUGCGGCGUGUGCCUGGGUCGCUACACCGACCCCAAGGUGCUGCCCUGCCUGCACACCUUCUGCCGCCCGUGCCUCGAGCAGGUCCACGAGCGGGACGGCCGUCUUCGCUGCCCGACUUGUCAGCAGGACGUGCCGCUCGCCGAUUCGGGCGUCGACGGCUUGCCGUCCAACUUCUUCAUUAACAACAUCCUCGACGUGGUCACAUCGCAGGAGGAAGACGUGGAAAAUGGACUUGGAGAGGACUCAAACGUUGGCAGCAGUCGCGGGAACGGGAUAUCCGGGGUGGCGGCAGGCCUGUCCCUGCACGGUGGCGGGCGGCAGAGAUGUAACCCGUGCGAGGACGGCUCCGUGGCCACCUCCCGCUGCCGAGACUGCAACGAGUACCUCUGUGACAACUGCGUCCUGGCCCACCAACGCGUCAGGCUCACCAAAGACCAUUUUAUCUUACGACUUCAGCCUGACGGAGGCACCCGCCCGGCUCCUGGACUUGUCGGCCCGCCCAUGUCUGUCCAGGUAGCCGAGCGCGUGGCCUGCUUCUGCGCCGUCCACGAGAGCGAGAUCGUGCGUCUCUUCUGCGACACAUGCCGCCUUCCCAUCUGCAGGGAGUGCACCAUGUCCCUGCACCAGGGGCACAGCUUCGUCUACCUGCAAGACGCGGUUCAAGACGCCAAGGCCGUGACAUCACAGCUCCUUUCCGACGCAAGACAGGGGAUCCAAGCUCUGGAGCGAUCUUUGAAAGACACCCAGGCCAUGGCUGAACGAGUCGAGAUGCAGACACAGUCAGUGUCCACAGAGGUACGUGCCACCACUCGCCGCUAUAUGGCUGCCAUUGAAGAAAGAGAGCGCGACCUCCUGCGAAGGGUCGAGAAAAUCAGGCAAGUGAAGGGCAAAACACUGCAUGUGCAAAUUGAGGAACUCAGGACAGGGCUGGCCAAGCUUAGCCAAAGUGUGAACUUUGUGGAAACUGCAUUAGAAACGGGUAGCGAUGUCGAUGUUCUGAAAACCAAAGAUGAGAUGGUGUCCCAGAUGAGAGAGCUAAGAGCCUUAAGAGGGCACCUCCAGCCUCACGAAGACGAUUCGAUCGUGUUCACCCCGCCUGACGCUGCCUUACACACAGCUGUUUCAAACCUGGGCAUCGUCUCGAGCAGCGCCUAUGCUGCGCAAUCUGUCGCAAACGGAGACGGACUAAAACGUGCACUUAAAGGAAAGACAGCACAGUUCAUAAUUCAUGCCAAAGAUCAUCAGGGCGAAGCCCGAUGCACCGGAGGCGACCCAGUCUCCGUUAUCAUCCAGUCCCCCGAAGGGGGGCUGUACCGAGCAGAAGUCAUAGACAGACAGAACGGCACAUAUGCCGUCAACUAUCGCGGUCAAACCGAGGGACAGCACACCAUAUCUGUGACCAUUCGUGGCAAGCACAUCCAGGAGAGUCCUUUCAAAGUGCAGGUGAAAACCGGGCGCAACUACAGUACUGUUGGACAGAUGCUGCUGAAGAUAGGGGAGGAGGGAGAGGGCGACGGUCAGUUGUGUCGCCCGUGGGGCAUCUGCUGCGACAAAGAUGGCAACUACGUAGUAGCUGACCGCAGCAAUAAUCGCAUACAGGUUUUCAACCACAGCGGGACAUUCCUUCACAAGUUUGGGUCUGCAGGGUCACGGAAUGGCCAGUUCGAUCGACCAGCGGGUGUGGCUGUCGACAAUCAGGGGCGAAUCAUCGUGGCGGACAAGGACAACCAUCGCAUUCAGAUCUUCACCUUCCACGGCGACUUCAUGCUCAAGUUCGGAGAGAAGGGCAGCAAAAAUGGACAGUUUAACUAUCCAUGGGACGUCGCCGUCAGCAGUGAGGGAAAGAUCCUUGUGUCAGACACACGGAAUCACCGCGUUCAACUCUUCCACGCCGACGGGUCCUUCUACAACAAGUACGGGUUCGAGGGCGCCCUCUGGAAGCACUUUGAUUCGCCGCGCGGUGUCGCGUUCAAUCGCGAGGGCCACAUGGUGGUCACGGACUUCAACAACCACCGCCUUCUCGUCAUACAUCCCGACUUCCAGUCCGCAAGAUUCCUCGGCAGCGAGGGUACCGGCAACGGACAGUUCCUGCGCCCGCAGGGCGUCGCUGUCGACCAGGAGGGGCACAUCAUUGUGGCCGACUCCCGCAAUCAUCGCAUCCAGGUGUUCACGCCGAACGGAAACUUCCUGUACAAGUUCGGGAUGCCGGGGACCGGGCCGGGGUGCGUGGAUCGACCUUCGGGCAUUUGCGUGACUCCUGACGGACUGAUCGCAGUGGUGGACUUCGGUAAUAACCGCGUGCAAGUCUUCUAAAGGACUCCCAGGCUGUGUCUACACAGCCGAAGCCUCCUCAAAAGGAGUACAAGUCUCAGGGUGGUACUAUUCAUAAAAAGGCAAGCCUUCUCUAAGUUGUUUGUUUCUAUUAUAUAUUUUUUUUUCAGUAAGAAGAAUUAGCUGUAAAUGUAGUGUUACUAAGUAAAAAUUAUGGGUGAUGAUAAAUUAAUAAUAAGAUGAAGCAGGAAAUUUGCUGGCCUUGCGCUGCUGCUACCUUGUUGUGUGACAACCAUUGAGUGCAUAUGGCCAAGCUUGCAUCCAUCCUCCAAAAGACACAACCAGCCAACCACACCCCUUCAAGAAUUCCAUGCAGCUAUAGCGUUUCGUUUCUCCAUGUUGUAAGAUUGUAAUCUCCGUGCCAAAAGUAGACUGUAUCAAAACGUUGCUCGGGUGUUUAUCCCAGUGACUAACUACUCAUCAGCCAUAUUAUUAUUGUUGCCGCUGAAAUCUAUGUGAAUUUAAUGAAGUGUCGAGGUACUGACAAUUCUGAAUUGUUCCAAAAAUGUAUGCUUGACCUUCUUUCUAUCUGCCUUGCAAGGUUUGGUUAUUUUGCACAUUAUUACUACCUCAGAAAAACAACAGUUUUUGUUUUCCAAAAGACCUCAGUGUUAUAGCUUUAAACCAUGUCCAUUUGCAAGGCUGGCCAGAUAAAUAAUAAUAUAAUAUACUCAAACCAAAGAUGCAAAUGCUUGUUAUGAUAUAGGAAAUGACAAACUCAGAUGUAGGAAAAAAUGUUUCUGUUCAACUUUGUAGGAAGCUUUAUGCUGCAUUCACACAUCUACCUCAUAUAAAUCAACAUUCAUACAGUCAUAGACAAUAUCACCCAUAAUAUUUACUCUCUGGUAUGUAGUAUUGUAGCAUGUUAAGCCUUAAGUGUAGUGUUAAAAAGGAUCCAGUCCGAUUAUUGUGAGAAGCAAAGUAAUGAUUUUUUUGUAUCCUUACAGGCUAUGUCGGUAUGUGAUAGGAAAAUUCCUCUACUUCUAGUAGACCUACAAUAGGCCUGCAUUUUCGUUGCUAAGAUGGAAAUGUAGAUUUUUAUGGGUUCUGACGUUACUUCCAUUUUAUAUUGUCAGAAGCUGGGAACUAAUUUUAUAAUUGUUCAGCAGUUCUUAAUCCAUUUGCAGAAGUACAAGAAUAUGGUCAAACCGCAGAGCUCUAUUGGAGAGUAUAUAUUUGAGAGCAUUGAAACGGUCAAAGACCUUACAUGUUCGCACAGUGCUAAAGCAGAGGUACCAAAAAGUUAAUUUUUAGGGCUUGUAUUGGCCUUCCCACUUCAAAAAGUGGUCCGAGAAGUGUUGUAUGUAUAACAUGUCCUAGACGUCGUCUCACGGUGUUCGCCAGAAAACUCUGGAUCUAUCCCAAAAUUGGAAAAAGGAAUUGAUGUUCUUGUGUCCUGUCCGUUCUAUCUGUAACUGUGAAGUCAGUCGAAAUCCUCACUGCUUAAACCAAAGAUUGUCGCAAGCUUUAAAAAAACGUGUGAAGUUCAAACAAUGUCAACACUUUCCUAGAAUAUGCUGUGUUCUUUAAUUUGUAGGAGGUAACCUUGUUGUUCAAUGUCUAUUGUUUUUUUUCUUUUUGAGAUUCAGGCAAAAGCUAGGGCACAACUAAGUCUUGCAAAUGGAGGUGCUGGGUUUAAUACUAAUGCCGAGAACUACCUGGUAUAGACCGUGUGAGUCUGUCCUGCAAUGUGUUUUCAAUAGGAAAGGAGAGAAAGAGAGAGAGAUUCUUUGCACACAGAAAGUGCGACAGAAGUUGUGGCGAAAGCUCAGGCUAAUGAAUUGCUGUGUAGAACUUCUGUAGUCCUCUGCUAUGUACGAGCUUAGCUUUAGUCUAUCCUGAAUGAGAGAGUACUGAUUUCUUCUCGCUAUGCAAUCAUUCAAUCAAUGUGGAAUUAAAACCAUUUCUGUUUGUGAUUUGCCAGAAAUA